AUGAAAUCAUCACAUCAAGUAGCUUCCGAUUUUUCUUCAGCUACAUCGUCGGAACGUGUUUGUCUAUACGCAUCAAAUAACAAGAGAAACCCGGUGUACGGGCUGUUAACACGUGAAGCAUGUGAGACAACUGCUUCUGUUUCUGCUUCUUCAAAAGAAGGCAGCACAGCUCGAUUAGCAGAAAGAACUUCGCAAAACAUCGAGUGGGAAGUAGAAGAAGGCCCAAUUUAUGGAUCUGGGAUUCGCGAUUAA